CCCUGCAGGGCCUGUGACCCCUGCCUGGAUGGAGCCAUGGCGCCCAGGCUCCUGCUUCUGCUGCUGUGGCUGCAGGCCUGUGUCGCAGAUGGCUCAGCAAGCCCUGACUACCCAGGUCCGCCCGCCCUGAGAGCGUACAAGAGAGUCCGGCUCCACGAAGGGGAGACGCUGUCCGUGCAGUGUUCCUACCAGAGCCGCCAGAACCAGGUGGAAGGCAAGGUGUGGUGCAAGAUCAACAAGAGGAAGUGCGAGACCAGGUUCCCCCGGCACUGGGUGAAGGGGCCGAGGUAUCGGAUGCAGGACGAUGUCCAGGCCAAGGUGAUCACCGUCACCAUGGUGAACCUCAAGCAGCAGGAUGCAGGCCGCUAUUGGUGCAUGCGCAACACCUCCAGGGCCCUCUACCCCCUGGAGGGCUUCCUGCUGGAGGUGUCUCCAGGUGCCGUGACUCAGAGGACUGCCCGCCUCACACACCUGGCUGACAAGGACCUCAAGAGUAGACCUGUCUUCACGACAGGCCCAGCCCCUACCUCAGGCCCUGAUGCCCCCUUCACCUCUGGUGUGGCUCCAUUCACACCUGGGCCCCUCAUCUGGGCCAGCCUCAGGCCUUCAGCUACCUUGGGGACCCCCAGGCCAACCUCUGUGACAGGAUCCAGCCUCACUGGUAUCGCCACCACCGUGGGGCCCAGGAGAACCAUGGGGCUCCAGCCAGUGACAUUGACUCCCAGAGACACCAGCAGUCCAGUGUCCAUCUCCACCAAGCCCAGCAGCAGCGUUCCCACCUCGAGAAGGUGCCGUGACCAACUACCCUCCACCAGGCUGCGGGAGCCCCACCUCACGGCGCUGGUGGUGCUGCUGGCCCUGCUCCCCGUGCCUGUCAUGUUGGCUGUGGUCUACAGGUUCUGGAAGAAGAAACACAGGGGAAGCUACAGCCUGGGCAGCGACUCUGCCAGACCCUGGAGGCCCCCAGCAAGAAGACCGGAGGCCCUUUUGAAGCCUGCUUGGUUUGAGACCAGUUAACGACACCAGGGAGCUUCUUGGGGAGACACAGGAGGCUCCAGAGAGGACU